GUCGUAGCUGUCAGUUGAUGGCAAUCACAGAUCCUAACCCGUUUGUUUUGAUUUUGCACCUUAUUAUAGAAAAACUUUAAAAGGACAUUUGUUCCAAACAACAGCCGAAAUAUCGGCAUUAAACCUCAUAAAUGGCUUCAAGAAGCCUAACGGACGUAUUCUUACUGAUGCGGAACAAUGCCAUUCGUAGUAGACAUAUCUAUCCAGACCAGGAUGCCUCUGAACGUAUGCACCUGGUUUCCCUGAACGACGUAGAAGAUGGAACAUUAGAUAGAAAUGAGCAACGCAUGCCGCCAAUAUGGAUAGACUACUUAGAGAAGGCUCAAAUGAUCAUUCCAAAAUUAAAGGCCAAAAUUAACGAUUUGAAACUAUUACAUUCCAAGCAUUUGCAUAGAUCUACGUUUGAUGAGACUGAUGAUGAUGAAGUGGCGAUAGAAAAUUGUACCCAUGAGAUUACUAGGAUGUUUAAUGAAUGCCAUAGGUUAAUCCAAACAAUAAAAAGUCAUGCCUCAGAAGGCCUGCCUAAAGAAAGGAGACUUACUGUGAAUGCUUAUCAUUCCUUAGCUCAAACUAUGCAGGAUUUAUCAACGCUCUUCAGAUCGACACAAAAUAGUUAUUUGCGGCAGAUACAAUCUAGGGAGGAUAGGUCAAAGAUGUAUUUUGACAAGAAUAUAGAGAUGGAUGAUAUGUACAGCCAAGAAACUGAGGAGAUUGAUAAUUAUUUUUUAACUUCUAAGGUGUCUCAGCAACAACUGCUGAUGCUAGAAGAAGAGAACACAAAAUUCGCGCAGGAGCGCGAACGCGAGGUGAACGCAGUAAUGAAAUCCAUCUUGGACCUCAACGAGAUCUUCAAAGACCUCAACCAAAUGGUUGUGGAUCAGGGCACGGUCCUGGACAGGAUAGACUACAACAUCGAACAGAGUGCCAUUCAGGUCCACGAAGGUUUCAAGCAACUGCAAAAGGCGGACGCUUAUCAGAGAAAAAAUCGGAAAAUGUGUGCGAUUAUUGUGCUUGCCGCUACGACUAUACUUCUGUUUUUUAUUUUGAUUAUCGUCAAGUCCUAGUCAUUUUGUUUACUUAAUUUUUAAGCCAAAUAUUUAUUUAACUGGAACUAAUAACAUGAGGUAUUUGUGACGCGGCAUUGACGACGCGCCAUGCGCGCGGUUGUUAUAGACAAGAAGUUUGGAUAACGUAUGGGAUGGCGCUGUAGCUCAACAUGAUGGUCGCUGCCUUAAGUUUCUCUUUCACAUCAUGCGAACCAUAUCCAAAAACUAUUCACGAAUGAGAACUUAUCGCAGCUAUAUACAGGGUCCAACACAAUGUUCGGACGGUUUUUAAAAGAUCACGAAAUCGGUAAUUUUUACUCAAAAACAAAUUUAUUGACGGAUUCGGGUUCUCAAUUAAGUGUGGAAAAUCACAUCCACAGUGACAUAUACAGGGUGUCCCAUGAGAGAAUUAUAUCUAGCAAUAGUAAAUUUCAAUACCCCAUUUAAUCUCGGGUAAUUUUUGGGCGAGCGAAUAUAGCAUUAUUGCAAUACAUGGAAAAGCGCGACCUUUUGGCUAUCCCAUCAUGUCAGUCAAGAGAUUGAUAAUUUUGAUGUAACUUUUAAAACGUUAUGGGGUCAUCUGUCUAAUAGAAUCUUAACUUUCUCGUUGCUGUUAUGUGGUGGAAUCAUUAUCUCUAGAAAUAAGCAAAAUAGUGACUUCUCCCAAUACAAACUUUGUUUAGAACGUAUUUCAUGUAUUUCAGUUUGCUUUAAAAGUCAGUGUACUUGACAAUUUUGUAUUUGAAGACAUUUAUGGGUGAUCUAUUAUAUGUUGGUGUAUUUACCAGAAGUACUGUUGCAUUAAAGAUGAAUCAUUAUCCAGAGUUGUUGCUCUUUUAUUGUACUGAGAUUAUAUGAAUCUAUUAUAUGAAUGUCGUUUUUUUAUCGGACUUUUUUUAUACAGGGUGUCUCAGACGUAUGUCCGGGGGGACACCAUGUAUAGUCUUAGGUUAGCUAUCUUCAGGUAGAAUAUGUUCAUCAAGGCACAUAUACAGCAAAACCUCUACAAAUUUUUCAAUAAAAUAUUUGGAAAUGCGAUUACUUAAAAGUUAAGAAACUUUGUACCCUGUACAUUAUAACAAACAUAGCAUGACAAAUCUAGUACAAAAUCAUGUUUAUAUUGAAGAAUAUUUUAUUUCGAGUGGCUUUCACAAACAAGGAUAAUACCAGUGCAUAAAUUUAUUUCAACAUUUACAGUAAGAAAGAUCACACAGUAUAAUAUAUAUAAGUAUACAUUACAUUAAAUUUUAUCCAUCACAAUUUUCAAUACUCAGUUUAAAAAUAUAGGCAUGC